AGAAUAGUUCAUAGACAGUAACUUUCGACUUACUUAUUACUUGUGUGGUGCAUGUGAAGAUCGCGAGAACCCAAAUUAGAUAUAAAUUCAUGUGAAGUCUUAAAUGUUCCUUUUGAAAAUGUUGGCGGAAGUGGAAAUCCCAGUUAGAACAUUAUGUGCCUAAGAAAUUAUCGCUCUGAACGUUCAUGAAAUACCAAAGAUUUAAGGUCAUGCCACAAAAAAAUCUGCGAAGCGGCUUCAUUUUAUUACUUAUAUCAUUUUAUAUUGUAUCUAAUGUAAAAGGAAACGAUAAAACAUUGCAUAAUGAAGACGAAAAUAUGAUUGAGGAUCAGGAACAAAUUAUUCGGCAACUAUUUAGGAACAAAAGAGCGCUACAGAAACCUGGAUUUUUUCGAACGUUGUUUUCGGUAGUAGGAGAGCAAUACACGGACACCAAGGAUACUUUUAGGAAAGUGAACGACAUGAUUAACGAUAAUUUUCUUCCGGAAAAUGCGCAGAAUGCACCAGUCACAGAAGCUACAACGUCUAAAGAUGUAAAUGCGACUACGACCAUGGCGCCUUAUAAAAUCACUAGAAAUGAAUUCAAUAAAAUUAUCAGGCGCAACCUUAGAGGACUGGUGAGGCUAUUUAACAUCGAGCUGGAGGAUUCUUUAAAACAAUCCAAGAUUACGCAAGCAGAAUAUAAGAAGGAACUGUCGAAAGAGGUGUCAAAGUUUUUGUGAAUAUUAUAUAAUUGUGAUAAGCAGAUAAUAAAGAAAAUUUGAAGUGAUAUUCAAUAUUUGUGCAAAUUGUAA